AUGACCAUCGUGCACUUUGUGCUCUGGUUGAUUGGCUCGGCCGUGUGUUUUGCCCAGCUCCCGACUGUCAACGAGGAGAACUGUUACGACAGUGCCCCGCUCCUGUGGUGGCCGCUCAUGCUUACGACGAUUAUCUUUGGGUGGCUGCACGCCGUAUACUACGCGCUCGUCGUCGUCGGCGCAAGCAUCAUCCUCGUCGUCUCCGGAAUCUACCUGAUACUGGCCCACUUUAUGGGCUGGCCCGUGCGACCCAUCUUGGGGAUGCACCGCCCGCGCACGCCGCAGCCGGAGACGCUCACUGAGGACGAUCUCAAGGCAUGCCCCAUCGUCGCAUACAUUCCCGAUCCCAACGAGCCGUUGCCCGAGCCGUCAAUCUACGCGCCCUCAAAAGCCGGGAGUAUCAACGAGGGCACUUCAUCGCAGGGCGUCGCUUCUGCGAUGCUGAAGAAGGCGAUGGGCAUCGACGCUGAGAAGAGCGCCCCACCCUCGCCGGAGGAACCAAAGGGCCAGCCCGUGGCGCCCGGAGAGGCCGACCCCGCGCGUCUCGGUCUGCCUGGAGUCGUGCUCAGCGCCCACCAAGUGACUUGCGCCAUCUGCCAAAGCUCAUUUCUCCCUCCGCGAGAGGUCUUUGGCAAGGAAAUGUAUCUGGUGGAGCGGCUCCGCCAGCUGCCGUGCAAGCACGUGUUUCACGUCGAGUGCGUCGACAACUGGCUCGUCAACCACUCAGGCAUAUGCCCGUACUGCUCGCAGAACGUCAAGGACAUGAUUGAGACGAAAAAGGCCGAGGCCGAGGACGCAUCACCGUCAGGAGGUGCCGCUGGUGGGGCCGCACCUCAUCGUCGGGGGGAGGGGGAGGUGUAG